AUGGAAAUGGAAUCUCGCGUGCCGCCCGGUUUUCGAUUUCACCCGACAGAGGAAGAGCUCGUCGACUACUAUCUCAAACGAAAGAUCAACUCGCUGAAAAUCGAGCUCAAUGUCAUCGCUGAUAUUGAUCUCUACAAAAUGGAGCCAUGGGAUAUUGAAGAUAGAUGCAAAAUGGGAUAUGAAGAACAGAACGAAUGGUACUUUUUCAGCCACAAGGAUCGAAAGUACCCGACCGGGACAAGGACCAAUCGGGCGACGACAGCUGGCUUCUGGAAGGCGACCGGGAGAGACAAAGCGGUUCUCUGCAAGGAGAAAGUCAUAGGGAUGAGAAAGACUUUGGUGUUCUACAAAGGACGAGCGCCAAACGGGAGAAAAACCGACUGGAUCAUGCACGAAUAUCGUCUUCAGACAUCCGAACACGGACCCCCUCAGGAAGAAGGAUGGGUCGUUUGCCGCGCGUUCAAAAAACCGAACCCGAGCCACAAGCAAGGCUUCGAAGCUUGGAACAAUGCUUACUACAUUAGGGACAACGCCAAUACCUACAAACCCCCAUCCUACCCGAACACCCCGAAUCUCAUGGCUAAUUACGAUCAAGCCGCGAAUUUCAUUAAUCCGGUCACAUUUCCCUCCAAAUCUCACCAAGGCCCGUUCGAGAGCCAAAUUAUGGUCGAGCUACCGAAGCUCGACAGUCCCUCCAUCUCAACAAGCUUCAUCAACAACGACAAUAAUAGUUUCGAACAUAGCGUUGUUAUGGCGAACGAGGAGAUUGAAGACGAGAAGGGCGAUUUCGGAAAUCAAUUUUGCGAAGAUUGGAGGAGCUUCGACAGGCUGAUUGGAUCUUCGUCGUACGUUAAUUAUCCAAACACGGCGUUAGUUCCUAACGGCGACUCGAUGGAUUCUCAUAGCCAUUUUAGCUCAUGUGUAUUAGAAUGCUUUCCUGAUGGUUUAUAA